CGAGGAUCAAUCAAAAUUUCAAUAUGGCGGACGGUGAGACACCUCAAUGUAUAUGCCAAAUUUGUAUCUAAAUAUUACGAUUAAGAAACUAAUGAGGGGAUAUUUUUUUUUUCAGAAAAUAUUUCAAAUCUACUGGUGGUUAUUCUUGACGCCAAUCCAGUGUGGUGGGGAAGAGCUGGUAACGAAGAUCAACAGCGGGUUAGCUUAAUUUUGAUUUCUAGCAACUAACUUUAAGGGAACUUAUAAGCGUAGAAAGACUACUCUAUCAAAUACCUGAGAGGAAACUUGUGUUUAUAGUACAAUCUUCGACGCUGUAGUUUUAAGAUAGUCUAUUGUAGCCCUUUCACUCCAUUUAAAGAUCUUGGAGCGAGUUUUCUCUCAUUUAUGGAUCGUGAAUUUCUUUCUGAGCUGGUCUGGAAAAUUGUGAUAUAUCCAAACAAAAUCUUCUAUCUGAUUUACUUUGUAUUGAAAUUGUAGGGAGAAUUGACAUAUAUGCUAUCUUGAUUCGUCAAGGGAGUCGUGGGAUUAAGCUUACUUUACAUGUGCAUUUGGCAAGUUCCAGAGAAUUGAUGGCCUAUUGAGUUUUAAAAAGUGACAGUCAAACUUUUUUCCAUGAACCAGGUCUCAUUUUAAAUUUCAGAUUUUUAUUUUGCAUUUCAGAUCAGUUUGACACACUGUGUGGACAGCCUCAUGGUGUUUUGUAAUGCACAUUUGAUGAUGCAGCACAACAACUGCCUUUCUUUUAUCAUUUCACACACUAGUACAAGGUAUGAGCAGGCACAAGUCAAUUUCAUACUCAACUAGCUGAUGGCGUAAUUUUCAGGUACAUGAGUAGUAGCAGUAUACCUGCCAACUUCCAUGUUUUGGGCUUGAGGAUCAUCUCUGGAGGAAAACCUCAAAGGAUCUUUAAGGAUCUUUGAAGAUUGUCAAAGACUUGCUAAAGAUCCCUAAUGCCAAGGAUAUUUAAUAAUUGCAAUAAUUUUGUAUCUCACAUAGUAAGUUUGUGUUUCCGAAAGAUGACUCUGGUGAGGAAAUCAGUAAUAAUGAUCAAAAAGAGCUUCCAACAGAUGGGAAAUAUGAAGGCUUCGCUGAAGUAAAUGAUGCCAUCAUUACAGAAAUGAAGAGUCUGUUGUCUACAGAAGAUUUAACAGGUACAAAACCCAGUAUGUUGAUAAAAGUUAUUAUCUGUUUAGGUCAGAAUGAUUAAAUCCAAUCAAAUUAGUCUAAACUUGUUAUAACCUGAAAUCAUUUUCAACAAGAACAUGCAAUUGUGUUCUCUUGAUCUGAUUAUUAUGCAUAAGGUUUUCAACCCUUAAAAUACCUGAUACACUUAUGCCUUUUCUACUCCCUAUAUUUUUGUUUAACAAUGUAAAUCAAAAGUAAUCAUGAAUGUUUAAAUUAGCAGUCUUAGAGAGAUCUGCUUUUGUUGACCAACAGAUAACCAAACCACUGAAUUGCCUCCAACACUUCUUGCCAGUGCCUUAACAAUGGCCUUGUGUUGUAUCCUUAUCUUAAAGAGGAUUAACUCUUUAACUCCAAGAAGUGGUCAGAUAUAUUAUUUAUCCUCAUUAUGAACACAUUUACUUUGUUUAUUUGCCAACAACUUAUGUGAAGGGAUGAGCUUAUCAGCUGGUGAGAACUUAACAUAACACCCAAAAGGAAUUCUCCAAACCCUAACUAAUUUUCAAUGAAAAGUGUAAUAGCACAACAACUUUUGAAUUGGUGUGAAUAACGUGUGCCCCAAUUUUACUGGCCUUAAAGUGUUUCAGAAGAGAUAAAAUUAUAUAUAAAACUUAACAGAAAUUAGAUAUCCACAGAGCUGAAAAAGAAUGCCCAGGUAACAAUAUACAAUACAAUAUACAAUAUUUAUUUGCCAUAUACAACAUUUACACAUGGAAAAAAAAAAAAAUGAAGAAAAUUGAUGACAGAAAAUAAAUGGCGAGAAAACCUGAAAGAAACCAUGAGGCUUAUAACAAGUCAGGCUUUCUCACUUAAAAUAGCUAAUCUUAUAUUAGAAUUACAAUAUGGACUUAUGGUAAUUAACUUUGACCGCGCACACGUACACACACACACACGCACACACAUAUUAACUAAGUUAGUUAAGAAUUACUGCCUUACAGAAGCUAAUACUUAGAGAGAAGAAAUUCCUUAAGCUUUCUUUUAAAAGAAGCGGAGGAGGGAGAACUAGUUAUGUCAGAAUUUAACGAAUUAUAAAAGUUUGGACCUUGAAAGUAAAUUGAAAACUUCCUGGUGUUCGUUCUGCACAGUGGCAAACGGAAGGACUGAGCAUUCCUAGUAUUAUAAUUGUGGAUUUGACUAUUCAGUAAAAAAAAAAGUUAUUGAAUUUGGAAGGGAGUGUAGAGUUCUUGAAUGAAAACAUAAAAGUACCUAAUUGAAACAAAUGGAUAUCAUGAAAUUUUAAGAGUUUAAGUUCCUUUAAAAUAGGGCCAGUAUGGGCAAUGUAUGUAGAAUUGCUUACUAUUCUUAACGACGUUUCUGUAAGGUUACAAUUCUUUGAAGGUUUGACUUAUAGGUACCAGCCCAAGCUAAAUUGCAAUAAUACAAAUAUGGAAGGAUCAUAGAAUUGUAUAAAGUACGAAGGGAGUGAGUAGAGAGAAAAAACCUAGAUUUAUGAAUAAUACCUAUAGAUUUGGAUAAUUUAUUUGCUGUUAAGGAUAUAUGCGAUUUCCAGGUCAAAUUGUCAUCUAAUAAAACACCCAAAAACAUGGUCUCAGAAACACGAAGAAUAGGCUGCUCAUUUAUGAAAACUUGAAAUUCAAAGGAUUGCUUCUUUUGCCAAGGCUUGAAUACCAUAAAAUUAGUCUUGGCUAAAUUCAAGGAGAGCCGGUUUGCUGCAAACCAGGUUGACAAUUUGUUUAAUUCUCUAUUUAAUGUGUUAAUUAGGUAAACAGGGUCAUUAUGGGAGAUAAAUAAGUUUGUAUCAUCAGCAAACAAGAUUGCAUCAAGCAGGGAAGCAUUGUUCAAAUCAUUAACAUACAGGAUAAAAAAUAAGGGACCAAGAAUAGAACCUUGAGGCACCCCACAGGGAAUCCCCUGUGGGGCAGAUCUAACGUUAUUAAAUUCGACAAAUUGUGUCCUCUCAGAAAGAUAACUUUUGACCCAUUCUAGUGCCAGACCACGGAUCCCAUAAUGAUUGAGUUUUUCCAAAAAGAAUGUCGUGAUUUACCGUAUUGAAUGCUUUCGAAAGAUCUAGGAAUACUCCAAUGGCAUGUUCUUUUCUAUCAAAUGCAGAAGAAAUUUUGUCACACAAAUCGAUAAGCGCAAGGCUAGGGAGAGCGAUUUUUCUAAAGCCAUAUUGAUUAUCACAUAAGACAUCGGAGUCAUUGAGAUAAUUCAUAAUACGGUUGUAAAUUAUUCGUUCCAAAAACUUUGAAAAGCACGGUAGAACAGAAAUAGGUCUGUAGUUGCUGAAGAGAGCUUUGUCACCUGAUUUAAAAAUAGGUAUGACACGAGCAAUUUUCAAAUCAUCCGAACGAUACCAUGAGUAAUGGAGAGAUUUACAAUGUGUGUUAAUGGAGAGGAAACGCUGCAUAUAGAUCGCUUUAUGAUAGACAUAGGGAUAUUGUCAUACCCAGCCGAUUUUCCCGCCGGAAACGUAGAUGCGAUAUCUAUAAUCUCCUCCUGAGUUGCUAAAUUUAGGAACAUUGACUGAGGGAAAUGACCAGGAAGAAAAUUCUUAUACGAGGUCGUAGGUUGAAUUCGUUUUAGCGAGGCUUGGUCCAAUAUUGCUGAAGUAAUGACAAAAUCGAUUAGCAAUCUCCAUUGGGUCAGAAAUAUCUUGAUCAUCAACCUUAAACACAGAGUUGGGUUUAGGUCUCAAUUUCUUGCUGUUUAGUACCUCAUUAAGCAGACGCCAAGUGGCUCUUAUAUUGGAUUUUGACUCGCUUAGCCUCUUAUCAUAAUAUAAACGUUUCGCGAUUCGUAGGGAGUGAUUCAGUUUGUUCUUAUAAGUUUUAUAUUUCGCUUCGUUCCAGAGAGAGGGGUUUGAAAUAUACUGCUUGUAUAGUUUGUUUUUCUGCUUGACAGAUUUAAGUAAGCCCUGGGAUAUCCACGGUUUCCUAAAGUGAAGGCGACGCUUAAGUUUCUUCAAAGGAAAAUGUGUUUCGUAAGCUUUAGUGUAUCGCUCAAGAAAUUUGCUGUAGCAGAUUUUAGGAUCAUUAUACCCGUAUACCCAAUUUUUGUUUUCUUGUGACCAACUUUGGUAGGGGAUACAAACCAGAGGGCCUAUAAUAUUCUCCUAUGGCUUUGUAGUUAAAAAAUGUACCUAUACGCAAUUGAGAGCUAAAUGAACUCUUAUCUUUCAUGUAUACUUUUACUAAGCCCUUUUCCCAAUAAAUACACCUGUUUGGAAACACCACAGCUACUUAAUAAACUACUGGGUAUAUUUUAGACCCCCUCUAUCUUAAACUAAAGCCUGCUGUGGCCCAAGUAAUAGUUAGUUUUUAGUUCAUUAUGUUUAGCUGUUUGAUGCAAAUUGUUUUUUAAAAAAAUAUUUCUUUCUAAUUAGUUGGACAGAAGAUCAAGUCUCGGAUUAUGGUAAGCACAACAAGGCAAUAACCUGAAAAAUGAAUAAUUUAGGUUAAAAUAUGUUUUGUUAAAUGCAGUCGUGCCUUCUGCACCAAAUCUGCAUUUUUCUGUUUUCAAGUUUCCAAAAUCUUUUACACUGUUACUCCCAUAAGUGAGAAAAAUGUAACUUCAAUCUGCCAGUAAUAUCAAUACAUUUUGUAACAAGAGUUAUCUUGAUUUGGCCCCACACCAAGAAAAAGGCAUAACAGGGGGAAAGGAAAAUUAUGAAUCAGAUUGUGCAAGUUAAAGUUUAACCAUCACUCUAAUCUUUCAUCUCCUGUAGGUUCUCAAAGCUGCACCCGAUGUCUCUACACAAUAUAUGCCAAUAAUGAACUGCAUAUUUGCUGCUCAAAAAAGUGUGAGUGAAAAAUUGUAUUCUUUCAUAGUUUCAUUGAAAUUUAUCUUUCUUUGAUCAAGUGAUCUGUUUUGAGAUUUUUUAAAAAUAUCCAAGUGCGAUUUCUAAGUAUUUGAUGCAUAUUUUCAACCUUCUUUUUCGUUUGUUUGUAAUUGUUUACUGAUUUUUCCAGAAUACAGUGAUUGAUGCUUGUGUAGUGGAUGAGCACUCAGGAUUCUUGCAGCAGGUGUGUGGUGCAGCACUGAAAAUAAACUAAUAGAUGAGUUUUUUUUUGAGCUAGUAAUAUUAUUGUUAUUGAUUGAAGUAGUCACUGUGGUUAUUUUGUCUAUGUAGGCUGCUGACAUUACAGGUGGAAUGUACCUAAAAGUGCCACAGACUCUUGCAUUGCUUCAAUACCUCCUGGUGCGUGUGUGAUUGAAAUCUAUUUAUAAGUGCACUGAUGACAUAGACACAUUUUCAGGUGGAAAAUUAGGAAUAUUUAGGUUAAAGGGAGAAAAAAAGAGAUCAGUGCUCUGGUAUGAAAUCAGAGCAGCUGCAGCUCCCCAACAGGAGAGAUUAGUAGACAACCUUUAACUCAGAGGUGUUCCCAACAACUCUUAAGAGUUCAUUGAUAACGAGAAGGAGUUCAGGAACAACUUGAGGCUGUCCACAAACAAUUCCUAAGAGUUCCCUUACAACUCUCACAAGUCUAAGGACAAUCCAUAGUAGGGUGGGGACAUCUCAGAGGAGUCUACCAACAACUCAGAGAAGCUUGCUGACAACUCUAAGCAACUCACAGGAGUUUGUCAAUGACUUACCCUUGAUACCAUCACCAACUGAUUUUCAUAAUGAAAAUCUGUUAGUUUCUCUCUUGAAAUAUCUUGUUUCACAGAAAUACUCCAUCUUUCAUCUAAGUUAGUUUUACACACAUCUUUUUUUUCAUUUCAGUGGGUGUUCCUUCCAGAGCCAACAGUCCGUGAUCAAUUAAUCCUUCCUUCAUCAAUGCACAUUGACUACAGAGCUGCUUGUUUCUGCCACAGAAGACUUGUUGAUAUUGGAUUUGUUUGUUCAGUGUGUUUAUCAAGUAAGACUAAGUAAAAACUCAUAUUCAUCUUUCAAAGACUACAUUUAUGAAUCAGUCUUUAGAAGGUCUCAGAAAAUGGUAUCAUUUUGUGCAUUUCCCAUGGGUUUGGUUGGAGAAAAACCCAUGCAGGAUUUUGGGAAAUGAUCAAUUGAACUAAGAUACUAGUGGGGUCUCCUAAAACACAAAGGAUGUAAUUGUGCCAGUAAGCCCAUAAAUAGAGAUGUUACAACUUUCAUCUAGCUAUUUGAUAUUCCAGUUUCUAUAAGUUUACUGGCUCGUAAUAUCAUUAGUUUUUUGACUAAUCUGAGCAUUCAUUGGAAAUUUGUCAUUUUCAAGUGGAGAUUUACCUUCAGAUUGCAGGAAAAAUCAAGACACAUCAAAGAGUACAGCUGUCAGUCUUCUUUUCAGUUGUUCUUUGUAAUGUCUGGCAUCACUUUUGUGAGCUCAAUGUGACAUUCAAAGGAACCACUGCAAAGGUGACUGUAUGCAGUAGCCAACAUACAUAGGAACUAGUUAUUGUAAUUUUAUUGUUACAGAUGUAGGAUAGCUUCUUAGAUUUUUUUUCAUUUGACUUGCAUUGCAGUUUAUUGCCAGUUCAUUCCUGUCUGUCUCACUUGCCAGUAAGUUUACCUGAAUUCUUGAUCAAAGUGCCUUGUGAAUAAAGUUGUAAACAAAUGUACCGGUACUAAACAAGGUAUUAAAAAGAGAAAAAACUUUAACAAGGAUUGCAAUGGUUUUGAUUUAAUGUACUCUGUGAGUGGUUCAGUAAUGAAGGGAAAUCAGAAAGCAAAGCUAAGACCAACUUUUGAUUGGCUGCAAAUAAUCUUUUUUGGUUUGAUAAUGCUCACUUGAAAAACACAGUUGAAACCACCACUGUCAAGUCAUUAUCACAGGACAGUACAAUUUUUGCGGAUGUCAGGCAGAGAGCCAAUUUUCACUUCUUGCAAUACUCUAAGGUGUUGAGGCUCCACAGGAGCUCCACUAUCAGAGGUUAGGACUCCUAAGAAAUUUCUUCCAGAUGUGUUUGUUUUACAUUUACUAUCUCUUGUACUCAUUUCUUCUGCAGGACAAGAUUCAAACUUCCAGCACUUCCUCUAGCAAGACCAAAGAAGAAAAAGAAAGAAAACACUGCUCCUGGGAAAUGAGAUUUAUUGUCCUUUCUCUUGUAGCUGUAACUUGUACAAAUUGUUUAGUCAGACAUAUUUAUAAUAAAAAGUGUUAUUUGUUAAAAAUAGUCUAAUUUUUUAAAUUCUUGCUAAAAUGAGUGAACCUUGAUCCCAGAUCAAACUUCAGUCUAAACAAGAUAAAAAAAUUUAAUUGCAAG